AUGUACGAUCAUCAUCAAGUAUUGAAAAGAUCAUUGAAUAAUGCUAUAAUGAGUUCAAAUCAUGCUGCUGCUGGAACAGGUAUUAAAGGAUCAGCCUCGAAUCAACUUUAUUAUCCUACUGGAAUCUUUGUUGAUAUGAAUUUGGAUUUAUAUGUGGCAGAUUGUGGAAAUCAUCGAAUUCAGCUGUUUCAGUCAGGAGAAUCAAAUGGCAUCACAGUAGCUGGAAAUACAUCACUAAAUCCAACAAUUAUACUUAAAUGUCCCAGUGGAGUUAUAUUAGACGCAGAGAAGUAUUUAUUCAUUGUGGAUAGAGAAAAUAGUCGCAUUAUUGGUUCAGGCUUGAAUGGUUUUCGAUGUUUAGUUGGAUGUUAUGGAAGGGGCACAAGAUCCAAUCAGUUGAACAAACCAUUUAGUUUUAGUUUCGAUCGUUCUGGAAACAUGUUUGUUACUGAUCAAGAUAAUCAUCGAAUUCAAAAAUUUGUACUGAUGAAAGAUUCUUUUGUUCUUUCAUUCAAUCAGCCGAAGUUUUGUUCAACAGCCACUUGGAGUUCUAAUGGAAUUACCUCUGCUAAUCAAUCGAUUGUUGGUCAAUAUCCUACCAUCAUUUUUGUGAACAAAAACAACACAAUCUAUGUCGGUAAUCAAGAAAAUAACGCAGUUGUAAUAUGGCAAGAAGAGAGUGUCAAUCCAACAAAGAUAAUUUCUGGUAAUUUUGCAGGAUUGCGAUCUCUGUUCGUGACAUCGAAUGAUGAUAUUUAUAUUGGUGAUGGUGAUAAGAAUGGUCGAGUACAGAAAUGGAUAGCAGAAACGAGUACCUUUGUCACAGUGAUGAAUGUCAAUUCACCAUGUGCCGGUUUGUUUGUCGAUAUCUAUGAUACUCUUUAUUGUUCAAUGCCUGAUCAUCAUCAAGUAGUGAAAAGAUCAUUAAAUGAUGCUGUGAUGACUUCAAAUCGUGUUGCUGCUGGAACAGGUAGUAGAGGAUCGGCCUCGAAUCAACUUUAUUAUCCUACUGGGAUCUUUGUUGAUAUGAAUUUGGAUUUAUAUGUGGCAGAUUGUGGAAAUCAUCGAAUUCAGCUGUUUCAGUCAGGAGAAUCAAAUGGUAUCACAGUAGUUGGAAGUAAAUCACUAAAUCCAACAAUUACACUUACCUCUCCUACUGGAGUUAUAUUAGACACAGAGAAGUAUUUAUUCAUUUUGGAUCACAGUAAUGGUCGCAUUAUUGGUUCAGGCUUGAAUGGUUUUCGAUGUUUAGUUGGAUGUUAUGGAGAGGGUUCACAAUCCAAUCAAUUGUAUUAUCCACUAAGUUUUAGUUUUGAUCACUAUGGAAACAUCUUUGUUACUGAUCGAUGGAAUCAUCGAAUUCAAAAAUUUCAAUUAUUCAAAGAAUCAUGUGGUACGUUUAGAAUGAUCGAAUAA